GAUGAGAAGGAGAACAAUUUCAAGCAGGAAGGCAGCCCUGCUAAGUCAUUUGGCCGUUCGAUGUCAAUUGGCCGUUCGAUGUCAGUCAGCCUCGAGGCCCUAUCUCCCUUCGCCCUGGAUUUAGCUGCAUGCAGUGUUUUGGGUGAAACGAACAAUUCUCGUGCGACCACUUUCUCGCAUCGAACUGACGAAGUUACUGAUAAUAACGAUAAGAAAACUGACACACAGUUCAAAGAUGAUGACGAUGGCCAUUCAACGGAUAGUGACGAUUAUGAGAACCAGCAAAAUGAUGAGGAAGAACCAGUGAAUUCCAGUGAUGACGAACUGGAGAUAUAUCAUCGAUUGAAAAGCGGAAAAAAAUCGAAGAGAACCUCCGAGUACAUUGAAGCAGAGGCUGCAUUGUCCGGGGACGAUGUCGGGAGUGAUGAAGGCGACGACGAUGACGAUGAUCAGCUGGAUGCGUACGAAGCUGAAGAAGGAGAUAAGGAUGAUCUGCCCGACGAGGAAACAAUCAGGGAGCAGCUCCAGAAGCAAUUCCAGAAACAGCAGAUGGCAAGAUUUUGA